AAAAAGGCCAAAAAAAGCACUAAACAGGGGGAUGGAUGAGGGCCGCCCGCUGCGCGUGUUUCUUCCAUGGCUGGUUGGUGAACAUUUGAUAAUUAGUUAAUCACGUGUUCACCCUGGAAACAAUAACGUAGGGGCAUGUGGACCAACUAACUAUUACUGGCUCAUCAUGGACAAGGAGAGGCAAAAAAAAAAAAAAAAGGAACCAGCCCGCUCCGAUCCAUCAUACGGAAAGGGCAUCGUUUUAUUUCAGCUAGCUGGCCAAUGCCCUCUGAGACCUAGACUAUUUGCAUACCCUCCCUCCCAUUUUCCCUUGCGCCUGAAGCGGAAAGUCAAGGUGUCCUUUCCGAUGUCGCUCGCCGCCUUUCUCAUCGCGUCCACCUUUCUCUUCCUCAUACCGCCUCCGCUGGCAUCCUCGGCUGCGACCGGCGAUGAGGCUGUGACGGCCUACGAUAUGCUCGGACGCUAUCACUUUCCCAAGGGUCUUCUCCCCGAAGGAGUUAUUGGCUACAACUUAGAUCAUUCGACUGGGAAAUUUCAUGCCUAUCUCAACGGUUCCUGCAGUUUCUCUCUAGAGGGUUCGUAUCAGCUAAAUUAUGAAUCCACCAUCAGUGGUUACAUAUCCAGGGGCAGGCUUGCCAGCCUCGAGGGUGUGAAGGUGAAGGUGCUGCUGUUCUGGUUCAAUAUCGUGGAGGUGGUUCGCUAUGGUGAUGAUAUCGAAUUCUCGGUGGGAAUCGCUUCCGCUUCUUUCCCUUCAGAGAACUUUUUCGUUUGCCCUAGGUGUGGUUGUGGAGUGGACUGUGAUGACUCGUUAUCCCCAGUAAGGAAACUCAAAUUAAAACCCCUUUUUUCUGUUUCCUCCAUGUAGUCUGAUUUCCCUACCAUUUGGUACAAAUGGUUCCACAUGCUGCUAGAAUAUCCCAGGAAAGCUAUUGAAUGGCGGUUGCUUUCUAGAAAGAUUUUACUCUUUACCUCAAUGCUGCACCCAUUCUCAAUCAUGAUGCCCCUGCACGCUCCUCUGAAGCAGAGACUUUAAAGGAGGGAUUUUCAGCGCAUGUCCAUUUCUUUAAAUUGUCUUUAUGUCCUUGUGUGUGAUUAUAUUGCCACGAAUUGCUAAAAUGCGGAAACUAUAUACCGCGAAAGUUUGGGUCUAUCUGCUAGUUGUGAAGGGGUUAGAUUGUGAUCUGCCUUUCUUGUGCUGUCUCUUUUCCCUUUUUAAUAUAAGCUGGGAAGAACUUGCAGUGAAUGACGGGACACAGGGAGUCUUAUGGGGUACAUACUUUGGUUCUCAACCCUAAAACUCAUGUAUCCUUUUCUAACUUUAGGGUAUCUUUUGCUUCAAGCCUUCACCCACAUAUUGUCUCGCUGCUUAUUAGCUGUGUGAUUAAAUUUGUUGUGCACGUUAAUUUCGUAAUUGGACUUAGAUCUUAUUAUGAUGUUUGUUAUUAACGGCGGGUAAUCAUGGAUUUAACUUUUAAAA